AUGACCAUCUUGUACAGGCUCUGUCGCUCAAGGGUAAGAUGUUUCAUUCAGACACCUGUGCUCCUUCUCUUGGAUAAUCAUGAAUCACACUUGUCAAUAGAAGCGAUCGAUUAUGCCAAGAACAAUGGAAUAGUUAUGCUCAGUUUCCCUCCUCACUGUAGCUACAAACUACAACCUCUUGAUCAUACUGUUUACGGUCCAUUUAAAAGGUAUUACAACACUGCAUUAAAAGACUUUAUGAUUAAUAAUACUGCUCAUCGACCAGACAUUUAUGAUAUACCGGGACUGGUGGCAAAAGCAUACAAAAGUGCAAUGACUAUUGAAAACAUCACUUCCGGAUUAAAAGUUACAGGCAUUUGGCCACAUAAUUCAUAUAUUUUUGCUGAAGAAGAAUUUCUACCAUCCAAAGAUAGUGCCUACAAACCAAGUGAAUCAUCAAAUCCCCAAUUGAAUAACACUAUUGAAACUUGCAAAAAUGUUCUUGCUAUAAUAUUUAAACCUGAAGACAUCAGGCCAUUUCCAGUUGCUCCACCUAGGAAACUGAAAGACAACAAUGGCCAUAGUAAGAGAAACAAGUUGCAGGCAAAAUGUGUACUCUUGGAUGAAUGA